AUGGGUCGCUUCGCUGCGCCCUUCACUACCUCUGCAGUCGCUUCCCUCGCGACGCCCGCCACGGAGCGCCCUGAGAAGCUCAAGGCUUUCAAAAUUUACCGCUGGGACCCCGACCACCCCACGGAGAAGCCCAAGAUGCAGACCUACCACAUUGACCUGAACAAGACCGGUCCCAUGGUCCUCGACGCCUUGAUCAAGAUCAAGAACGAGGUCGACCCGACCCUCGCGUUCCGCCGCUCGUGCCGUGAGGGUAUCUGCGGUAGCUGCGCCAUGAACAUUGACGGUGUGAACACGCUCGCCUGCCUGUGCCGCAUUGACCGCGACAAGACCAACUCGAACAUUUACCCGCUGCCUCACAUGCACAUUGUCAAGGACCUGAUUCCUGACCUGACGCAGUUCUACAAGCAGUACCGCAGUAUUGAGCCAUACCUCCAGGCUGACGGUCCUCCUCCGAACGGCAAGGAGUACCUGCAGAGCCCUGAGGAGCGCCGCCGCCUCGACGGUCUCUACGAGUGCAUUCUCUGCGCUUGCUGCUCGACCUCGUGCCCGUCGUACUGGUGGAACCAGGACGAGUACCUCGGCCCUGCUGUCCUCAUGCAGGCCUACCGCUGGAUGGCCGACUCGCGUGACGCCCGCGCUGAGGAGCGCCGCGUGAAGCUCGAGAACACCUUCUCGCUGUACCGCUGCCACACCAUCUUCAACUGCACCCGGACAUGCCCCAAGGGCCUGAACCCCGCCAAGGCCAUUGCCCAGAUCAAGAAAGAUAUGGCUUUCGGCCCGCCUGCCACUGACGCUGAGCGCCCGCUGCAGGCCCCGUAG